AUGGCUUCGACUUCAUAUCCACAGGCUGAGAGCUCGAAUGGCAGUGGCUCUCCUCAGCAAUCGCAGCAGCAGCCUCCUCCUCCUCAGCAUAAGCGCGUUUACCAGGCGUGCAUCCCGUGUCGCAGGAGGAAGGUGAAAUGCGACCUGGGAAGUGUGGACAACCCCGGCGAUCCGCCUUGUGUGCGAUGCAGAAGAGAGAGCAAGGAGUGUUUCUUCUCUGCGACGAGAAGAAAGAGGAAGCAUGAGGAUGGCAGACCCGACAGUCUCGACGGCUACGAGUACCAGGACGAGUACAUCGUUCGCAAUGGCCGGAAAAUGGUACAAGGCUCGCCCCCAGCCUCGAUACGACAAUCGUCAAUGGGCGCUCCGACGUCUGCUAGAUCAGCAGUGCCCUACGGAGAUGGUGCGCCUGUCCUUACCGGACCACCCUUAACUCCUGGAGGAUCAAUUGGUAGAACACAACCUUUGCGCCGGCCCACCGAGAACACAAGAGAUAGCUCCCACCGAGAUGAUCGACACUCAGAUGAAUCGAAUACACAAUUGGAAAAUCUUGAGGCGCAGGAAGUUAUGCGAAGGGAGGUUUAUGGGCCCCAUGAUGCAUUGGAUUUACUGUAUAAGGCCGCUACAGAUAGCCCAGGCCACAAGAGAAGUAAUAGCCAGGUCUCAUCCAUGGUCAACAACAGCACAUCCGGACAUCAACCAAUGGCCUCCCCUCUACAAACGAUCAAUCGACCCUUCCAGACUGAUAUGAGACCUCCCGAGGUGCGAAGAGACACCGCAAUUGAUCCUGCAUUAUCCUCAGAGGCUAUGGAUAGACCAGAGAGAACGCAAGAUCAGGGCUACAAGGACGCAGUAAAGGCUUGGUCUCGAUUUCGAUUUGUCCGAGCUGGGUGGUUUACUCCAAGCGAAGCGAUUGAUUACAUUGACUACUACUAUGAAUACUUAUCUCCACUGACGCCAAUUUCUCCUCCGACAUUCAGAGACCCAGGAACCCAUCCUACACUCCUCAUCGAGGAACCUAUCUUGACCGUUACGCUUCUUACGAUCGCUACCAGGUAUCGACGAAUACCUGGCCCUGGAGGUCACUGUAGAUCACAUGCAAUCCAUGAACAACUCUGGACUUACUUACGGGGAAUGAUUGAAAGAUGUCUGUGGGGACAAGAAGCGUUCGGCGGUGGAUUCUGCGGAUCGGGAGCUGAAUCUGAAGCACAGACGUCUAGCACGGCACCAUGGCGUGGAUUACGAAAGGGCAGUUUGAGAACACUGGGCACCAUUGAGAGUUUGAUGAUAUUGACGGAGUGGCAUCCUCGAGCGCUCCACUUUCCCCCAGCCGAAGCCACGGAUGAGCUAAUGCUUCCAUCUUAUGAUGCUUCGGAUACGUACAGUACAGACGAAGAGGGCGUCGGUCGACUCCCACGAGGUGUUGGCGGCAAGAGAAUCGAAAGUUGGUUGGAACCAGCUUGGAGAAGCGAUCGAAUGUGCUGGAUGCUGCUGAGUACUGCAAUGGGCUUGUCCUAUGAACUUGGUGUUUUCGACGAGAUCGAAGAGUUGUUAGCCGCUGGGGGAGAAAUGACUCGGCCAGAAUAUGAAGACGAGGCAUAUCGUCUACGUGCAGCACGCAUAAAGAGGCUCUUGCUGAUAUACGUCACGCAAUUGGCUGGCCGCCUUGGAUGGACAAAUAUGGUUCCUGAGAACUUAAGGGUCAGCGAUCCUGCUUUCGCCCCACGGAAACGAAGACCAUCAGUCGACGGAAAGACCCCCGAGACCAACACUACUGUCACCAAUAGUUUCAACUAUAUUCCAGACUUGGAACUGGAUGAUCAGAUUAUCCACUGCUGGGCCGGGAUCAGUAAUGCUAUGAGGAUUGGCAAUGAGAAACUUUUCCGGUCAAGGCAGUACACGACGAAGAUCAUCAACGAUUCAACUUAUGUGGAGCUUCUCAAAGACUUCCAACCUAUGCUAAAAGCAUGGAAAACGGAGUUCGAGAGGUUCAAACUCCCACAGUACAUUAGCCACAUACUUUCGAUCGAAUACCAGUAUGUUCGAAUCUAUGUCAAUUCUCUCUCCCUACAAGCCGUUGUGGAAAGAUGCAGUACAGAGGCUGGAAAUCGAUUCAAUGCGUCUGGCCAUCCUGCCAACGGAAUAGUGCCUGGUGCCAUGUCAACUGAGAACCAACAGACAUAUUUCGGAAAGCUACCUCUCGCAACCUUUGGUAGCUACACAGCUGCUGAUCAAGACUACGUGAAGGAGGUUGUGGAUGGAAGUCGACAGCUCUUGAAAAUAGUCGUAGAUGGUCUGCUACCUGGAGGCUACCUGAAGCACGCCCCAGUACGGACCUAUUUCAGGAUUAUCAGCGGCGCCAUGUUUCUACUGAAAACAUUUGCCCUGGGUGCAUCGAAAAGCGAUGUGGAGCAGAGUAUCGGUCUUAUGGACAGAGCCGUCGAUGCCUUACGAAAUUGCGUUGUUGAUGAUGUCCACCUAGGUAUUCGCUUCGCUGAUCUCCUAGAAACCUUGACGUCUCGACUUCGGGGCCGAUUCAUAAGUGCUCCGGGCCCUCAUCCUCACGGCGACCCUAUAAGCAGAGCCCGCAGUCCAGCCAUGCAUCACGAGCCCGACAACAAGCGACAAAAGAUGGACCAGCGCGACCAAAUCCGAGAAUGGAGUGCCGCAACUCCAAAUUAUGGCAUGGGCAACGGCGCAGAUCUCAACGUAUCAGCCACACCGUUUGACCUCAACCAAGGAUCUUUCGUCCCUGCUCCGGGGACACCCUACAACCAAGAACCUGGCUCAAGCUAUGGCAACGAUUUGCAAGAUCCAUUUAGCGACUGGAAUACCAACAAUGGCUCGGAUUUCUGGUAUCUGCCUCCUGGCACGGCGUUCUAUCAGCAUCUAGGUGACCAGGGCGUAACGCAAACGGCUGAGGGUGUUAAUGUUGGUGGUAUGGAUUUACUGGAUUUCAUGGCGUUGGAUGGCCCAAACUUUGUUGGCGAGGGGUUUUGACCGAGAUUGCGGACGGUUUUCGGGGAGUUCGGCGAGCAUUGGACGCGGUAGGUAAACAGUACAUGUAUGGCUUUGUGAUGGAACUUUCGGGGUGUCAGAGUGUUAAGAACUUCGUAGCUGGAUUUAGUAGCAAGAUUGCAACAGAGCAAGGAUUUAUUGCCCGUAGCUUUCAAAAAGUGUCGCAUUUUCCUUACUUUCAUACCCGCACGAAAACCCAAAAUGUAUAUCCAAUACAUACUAGAGAUUCGACAAGGUAUCU